AUUGAAUCAACCAACCGGCACUCACUCUUUAUCGUGCCGCCGAAAGCCACAGCCGCGGCGCCGAACAGCAGGCACACCAGCAGACUUGUCCAUAGCGUGUGUAGCUGGGCCAGCGUGUGGUCAGAUCCGCGGCGGCCACCAGCAGGUAGAGGCCCUCAGGCGCUCUCUAGCUCGACCCCGCAGGAGGGGUACAACACAACAAACACACACACUCUCUUAGCACCAGGCACCACCGCAGCUCUGAACGCAGCAGUACACACAGAUUUUCCCCCGACAGACGACGACGCAGCUCAUGAGGACGGCCGCCGUCCUGUGUGCGGCGCUAGUGGCCACUUCACAGAGCGUGAAUAGCCUUCGGGUCCUCUCUUCUGUCUGUGAUGGACGCGGGGAGCGGCCUGUGCGGAUCGUGGGUGUACACGGCACGUUCUGCGUGCCCCAGCACCCAUGUGAGGGAUUUUUGAACAGUGCGGGCAACGAGCCGCUCGCGUGUCCUCGAGCAGGUCAGCGCGACGUAUUUGGGGACGGCGUAUUGACAGGGGACAGCUGCUGCGCUGUAAUAGACAGUGACAGCGGGGCAUUGGGCUGCGUACUUGUGGGAUCACACACAGCGUGUCUAUCGUCGCGUGAUCGGGAAUCUACUGGUGUUGGACGCAGGAGAGCGAGGAGCAGGACGCUGCAGGACUUAGUGACGAGUGAGGUUAUCUUUACGAUCUCAGUAUCACCAGAAGUACCGACACAGGAGACGCCAACGACUGAAGCUCCAGUAGAGGCGACACAGGCGCCUGUAGCGACGACGACAGCGCAGGUAACUACUACGGCGAGUCCUGUAGCGACAACGCAAUCCCCUGUGGCCACUACUGAAGCUCCAGCAUCAACAACUCCAACUCCUGUUGCUACCACUGAAGUUCCAGUGACAGAAGCCCCUGUAUCGACGACUGAGGCUCCUUUAGCGAUUACGCCAGCUCCAGUAUCUACCACUGUAGCCCCAACAUCGACAACCUCAACUCCUGUUGCGACUACUGGAGCUCCAGCAACAUAUGCCCCAAUAGCGACGACACCUACUCCGGUAGCUACAACGCAAGCGCCGGUGUCUACGACAGAAGUCCCAGUGGCGACGACAUCUGCCCCGGUUGCUACUACUGAAGCUUCAGUGACAGAAGCGCCGGUAUCGACGACUGAGGCUCCGGUAGCUACACUGCCAGCCCCAGUGUCUACAACCGAGGCUCCAGCAUUGACAACCGAGGCGCCUGUAGCGACGACACAAGCUCCAGUUUCGACGGCCCCUGUGGCUACAACGCAAACUCCGGUGUCUACGACAAAAGCUCCAGUAGCGACGACAUCUGCCCCAAUUGCUUCUACUGAAACUCCAUCGACAGAAGCCCCGGGAUCGACGAAUCAAGCCCCUGUGGCUACAACUGAAACCCCGGUUUCGACGACAGAAGCCCCAGUGGCGACGACGCCAGCUCCGAUUGCUACUACUGAAGUUUCAGUGACAGGAACCCCGGUACCAACGACGGAGGCUCCUGUUGCUACAACGCCAGCCCCAGUAUCUACGACCGAAGCUCCAGCAUUGACAACCGAGGCGCCUGUAGCAACGACUCAAGCUCCCGUACCAAUGACAGAUGCUUCAGCUCCUCCGACAUCGACCCCGAUUACUGAAGCUCCGGUAACAGAAACCCCAGUGUCUACGACCAAAAUUCCUGUGGCUACAAUACAAGCUCCGGUUGUGACGACAGAAGCCCCGAUUGCUGCUAUUGAAUCUCCAGUAGUUAGUACGCAAGCCCCGGUAUCUCCAACUGAGGCUCCAGUGUCGACAACCUCCACUCUUGUUGCAACGACUGAAACUCCUGUAACAGAAGCUCCGAUAUCGACGACGGAAGCCCCAGUACCGACGACACCGGUUCCUGUAGUAACUACUGAAACUCCUGUAGCAACAACACAAAUCCCGGUUGCUACUACCGAAAUUCCGGUGACAGAAGCUCCAGUUGGUACAACGACGCUGUCUCCAGUAGCUACAGAGCCCCCGGCAUCUACACUGGCCCCUAUCGCGACGACAGAAACCCCAGCAGCGACGACAACAGGUCCAGUCGCUACGACAGAAACGCCUGUGACUGUAACUCCUACUCCAACUGGCACCGCACCUCCAGUAGCGACGACUGCCAUUCCCCCAGCCACCACAGCCUCUCCAGUGACUGAUUCUCCAGUGGUGGCACCAACCACUACAGACGCUCCAGCAGCGACAACGCCAACCCCGUCAACGGAAACACCAGCCACUACGGACACAGAAACUGAUGCCCCAGCAAUAACGACGCCUCCAAUCACGAAUACUCCAGCUGCGACCGAUGCCCCAGUAGUGACAACAGCGACUCCCACUGCUACAGAUGCAGUCCCCGUAGCUACAACAGCGACUCCAACGACAGAAACGCCGGCCACGACGACGGUGACACCAGGUAUAACAGAACCUGUCACCGAGACUCCAGUACCAACAAAUAUUCCAGCUUCGACAACAGCAAUCCCGACUUCAGCGCCAAGUGCUACGACUCAAUCUCCAGUAGCGACGACGCAAGCUCCUGUGUCUUCGUCAGAGUCGUCUAAUGGGUCUUUGGACCCAACAAGCCCAACCCCUGUCACAGCGAUACCAUCAUCAGAUUCCAGCUCGAGUUCUGGCUCUAGCAGUGCAUCUCCAUCGCCAACACCGGCACCAAGUCCAAGUCCAACCAGUCCGCCUCCGGUUACGGCGAUGCCUUCAUCAGAACCAGGGUCUGACUCGGGCAGUGCGUCCCCGACUCCAACAGAGACGCCAACGUCUACCCCAAUAAGUCCACCGCCUGUAACAGCGAUGCCCCCGUCAGACUCUGCAUCAAGUGAUACAGCGCCGACAACAACGCCGGCUUUGUCAGGGUCUUCGUCUGGUUCGGAUGGCGCAGGAUCAUCUUCAGGUGUUUCAUCAGCUAGCACGUCGGACUCCGGGUCUGCAUCUGAGGGAUCAACAGGAUCCACCUCUAGCUCUUCGCCAGCAAUGGAUUCAUCUUCUGGCUCUGCCGCGAGCCUGUCAGCAGGGUUUUCUGCUGGCGCGAGUGGAUCGGUUGAUGCAUCGUCCGGAUCGGAGCCAUCGAGUUCAAGCUCUAGCGAUGUGGUGACAGCCGCAGGCCGUAACAACAGCAGAUCGUCAUCAUUGUCAUCUUCAGAGACUGAGCUAUUGUUAUCAAGGUCCGCUUCUGGGAGUUUCGGUCGCAGCAGUUCAGGAUCAACGGUCAGCACCAAUUCGACUAACAGUCUCGACAACUCCAGAGGCAGCAACGACGCCUCAAACUCGGAGGCAUCUGAAGAUUCCAGUUCGACAUCAAUGCGUUCGUCAUCUUCCUCAUCGUCAUCUUCGUCUGGGUCUCUGGAGAUUGACAGUCUCACUCCGUUGCCAACAGAUUCCGCCUCAUCGAGCGGCGUGUUGCAGCUAUCGCCCAUCAGCGACGACAGUAGCAACGGCGCUAAUCCUCUAUCGGCGGACGGCAGUCUGUCUCCGACAAGCGGUGGAGACAGUGGUGGAGACAGUGCGCUGGGCUCUAACACUAUAACUUUUAUUAUCGUGGGAAGUGUGGCGGCAGUGGCGUUGCUGUUUGGAGUUUUCUAUCUACGACCGAAGCGGGCCAACCCCCUCGAACAGUUGACUCCGCGUGAGCCUCCGCCGCCAAUGGACCGCACUGGAGCGUAUCGAUACGAUCGGGCAGUCGAGUCAGAGCCUGCGGGUCCGUAUGAUGCCUCCAGUACCCCUCGGGCAUUAUCUGCAUCCAUCUAGUGGGUAAAUUUACGUAGCAAGUAGCUUUUUGAAAACGUAGGACGUAGUAUUAGUAGAGACAAGUAAUUAUGAGCUUGCAAGCGACCAAAUCAUGGUUCAUCGACUGGCAAAAGGCA